AUGGCUUCCCCCGCUCCCUCCGGCCCAAAACCCACCACCCUAGCAGGAGGCUGCCUGUGCGCCGCCCUCCGCUACGAGGUCACAUUCCCCGACACCCACGACUUCUCCGCCAACGCCCAGACGUGCCAAUGCACCCAGUGCCGCAAGCAAUCCGGCGCCCUCUUUGUCGCCUUCCAGCGCGUCCCCUGGCCCAUGAAGUGGACCUCCUCGAGCGGCACGUCGACGCUCCGCGAAUUCAGCAUCACGCCCGUGGCGAAGCGGGGUUUCUGUACGGAAUGCGGCUCGUGGCUUUACUAUCGCAGCGACGCGAACGCGUGGACCAGUCUCUGUCUCGGGACGCUUGAUCAGGAGGCUCUCAUUGGGGAAAGGGGCCAAGGUGGAGGGUUUGGUGAAUUACUAGCAAAUGGUACGGGCGGGCAUGAAUGGUGUGAGAAUGAGAUACCGGGCGUGACGGAUGAUAUCCCGAUGUUGAAUAGAGGACAGAGGAACCAGCAGAGUGCAAGUGAUGCUGUGGCCGUAAAGGCCAAGCUGUGA